UGAAAUACCGGCUGCGCUCUUUGUAGACUAUCCAAUCCUAGGCGUUAUUCUGCUAGUGCUGGCGUACCUUCUACGCAUCUACUAUGCACGCGCAAGGCAGCCACUCGAGAUGUACGAGCAGCAUCUUCACCACGCCGGCAACAAUAUCUAUCGUCGGACCGAGCUGCAGCGGAAAGACGACACUAGCGCUGCGGAUGCUGGAACAUGAAAAAGAAAUGUUUUCAUCGCCCUUUGACCAUUAUAUGUGGUGCCUGCCAAAUGGAAGCGAGCCGCCCAGAGAAAUAGCUCAGCGAAGUGAAUUUCAAAUUCAUUAUGGUGUGCCUGAUGGUGCAACAAUAGCACCAAACACCAUUGUUAUUCUGGAUGACCUACAACACGAGCAAGGACUGCAGACUCAACUCCUCUAUACAGUGCACUCACACCACAGAAACCUGACAGUGAUAUCCCUGAAUCAUUCCCUGUUUCCGAAAAAUAGAUUCCAUCGCGAUAUGACGCAAAGCACAAAGUACAUUAUAGCGUGUAACAACCCGCGUGACAGUGCCGCAUUUUUUCGCCUGGCCCUUCAGUUGGAGCCCGCCCGUGCUCGAGGACUGUACGACUGCUACCUGGACGCCUGCAAGAAGCCGUUUGGAUACCUGCUGUGUGAUCUGACCCAACAAGUGCACCCAGCCCUGCGAUACCGCACCCAACUGUUUCCGUCCGACGAAGCACUCGGUGUGUACAGUACUGACGAGGACCUACAGCAACUGUUGCGUGACGAUGGAGCAUACGAGCGAUUCUGUGAGGAAAAACAUUCCACUCAUGCAGGUGCUUCUGAAAGCCAACAAAGUGCGGAGGAAAUCGCUUCUGAACAGCCUCAACCGUCAAGAGGUUGACUGUAUAUGCGAGAUUGUGCUGAAUGCUGUGGCAGGACCGAGCAAAGCCCGGCUGAGCCCAGAGUGCGUCCGGCAGUGUAGCCGCCAUAAGCAACGCAUACGCACCCUGGCCUUUAAUCACCGCCUGGCCUGGAAAAAACGUCGCGACCUACUCGCCAACCAGACGGGUUCGGGCUGGUUUCUUCCGCUCAUCGCCGCAGUCGUGUCUGGUCUGCUAUCGAGAUGAGUCACUCGCUCAGCAAGCGCAUUAUCCUCUCGCCGUCUCAGCUGCAGCGCCUGCUAGGGCGCGAUCGGGAGCUGACGAGCCGAACGGAUGCUGCUCGCCAGACUGCUCUCCGAAGUGCUGCAAAGGACUCGGCGAGCAUCGGGCCCUCACAAGCCUACGCCCGCUACCGGGAGAUGCAGCAGCGCCAUCUUGUGCAGGCCGCCGAGGAGCGCGGAGCUCCUCUGGAGUUAGUCGUGUCGGAGCCGGAGCCAAGAAAGCACUCCGAGGGGCCCAUCAAACCGCCAGAGGAGCCGGAAUCAAAGCCGGAAUCGCCCAAAGCAUCUGUAAUCCCGAAGAAACCUCCUUCGGCGACCAAGAAAAAGGCAAGAACGUCGCAAAUUCGUAAAACCGCAGAGAGAGUCUAUGAGGAAAUCAGUGGCUCAACUCCGAAGAUUCCAAAGAGUAUGCCGAUGCGUCGCAUAGUGCAUGAUCCUCGCCACUCGCCCGUCAAGACCCGAUCUAAAAAUCUGCAGAAGUCAACACGCGGUACUCCAUCGUCCUCCUCGUCCUCCUCAUGGCUCCGGUACGGAAAGAACUAGCGCCCGCACACACGGCGCGCCGCGUGCUCGACAGGCUCUGGACUCAACCGGGCAAAUCCUACGCUGCAUAUGCUGGCCAACACCUCCUCCGCCGUGCUGCGACCGAGCCAUCCUCCAGAAAAACAAUAUUAGGCCCGCAGGAUGUGAAAAACUACCUGACUCAAGAGUAUGCAUAUACACAGCAUGCUCCACGCCGUGAAAAGUUCCCCAAACCAUUCUACAACAUGCACAGGCUGUGGCACCUCGUGGAAACCGAUCUGAUAGAGACUGGACGCGUAGCAAACUUUAACGGAGGAGUGCGCUAUUUGUUACUGGCUGUUGAAUGUACAUCUCGAAAACUGUAUGUGAAACCGAUGCUAAAUAAAAUGGGUGAAACCUG